AGAGAGUGUAGUUUGGAAAGCGACGAACCAACCAGCCAGAAAGGAAGCAAUCGCCAUUUCCACUCUCUUCUUCUUCUUCUUCCUCUGCUCUCUCUGCUUCAGAAGAUCAAAAUUCUUGGGCGGGAAGCCGAUUCACAGAAGUUCUUGCUACCAUGCUCACUACCGUUGUUCCCAUUCACGCGCCGCCGAUGCUCUUCACCUCCCCGGCCUCCUCCAAAACCAGAAGCAUUCACAAGCUCUCCACUGUCACCGCUUCUUGGAGAAUGGCGAUGAAUUCUGGGUCUUUCCUGACCAAGAAGAGAGAAGAGCUUUCGCUACACAUACAUCACCCCGCAGCUUUUGAUCCAAAAGGGGACGACACGCCCACUCGGCCUGAUGAGCACCGCCUGCAGAUACCCGAGCAGGAUUUGGUGGACAUUGACAAGAUGGAGUUCGGGGAAUUCGUUGCUAGAGAGGCUUUAAUUGAUGAAGAAUACUGGGUAAAGCCCUCUUUCUAUUUCUAAACAACGUUUCACAGUUGAUUAUCCGUCUGCGUUCUGCUGCAAUUGGAGUUCCUUCAUCUGGGUUCUAUUUUUUUUUCUGGAAGGAAACCUUCUGAAUCAUCUGGUUAUCCCUCGCACUUCUUGUUUCUAUUCUUGGCCACAGUAUCGUGGGCCAUUGCCGUUAAGCAACAAUGACUCCAAUGUUUGCUUCUUGUAAUUGCCCGCAGAUGGCAGGCUUAAUGCGAGGUUUAAGCCACUGGGAGGAUCGACCUGAAUUCAAAUUUGCUCCUAGUCUGCAGGCGGAAGCUGCGAAUCAGGGGUGGCGGGAGUUCCUUGCCAUUAGAAGGCAAUCCAUUGGUCCAUUUGGCCAACAGCCUAAGUGCAUAAUCACAGUACGUGCUUCCUUGGUCUAGAGUUUUAUAUUUUUGCAUAGCAGCAUGAGGGGAAACAUUACAAAGUCAUCCUCGUUGUUUCUUUACUUAGCUGAGAAAGCAAGUUGGGAUGGUGAGACCCACAAUAGUGGAAAGUGUGGUUGGGACUCUGGACUUGAGCAUCCGCUGGUUGCUGCCUGGAGAGAUCUUCCCUGGGGUAUAUGGAAAGACUCUAGGCAGAUACGGUUACGUCUCCGAUUUGACGGUCGCGAGGUUUGCUCGUCGUCAUGGGAUAGCAACUAACAUGAUGCAGUUUGCAAUUGAAACGGCCAAGUCUAAUGGUGUGGAAGUUAUGUACGUUCAUGUGGAUAGAAACAACAAACCUGCACUGCAGCUUUUUGAGAAGAUGGGAUUUGAGAUGAUUGAAGAGGCAAGUGAAGGACUGGUGGAAGACAACACUUACCUCCUAUGUCGCAGCUUGUAAAGAUGAGUACAGAUUUGGUGAAUACAGCCAAGGAGUUCAGUGUACAGAUCAGAGAACCAACACUGCGUAGGCCAGAGUUUAGUACUAGUUUUGACAGGAAUUUGAUCUGAUAAUGUGUAGACUUAGAUUUGGCAAUUCAGCACCAACCUAUGCACAGACAUUUCUUGAGAGGGAAGCAUACCAAUACCAUGUAUCGAUCUAAUACAGUUUCAGAACAACAUAUUUUUGUACAUAAUGCUGCUGUUCAUUGCUUGCUACCAGUG